CACCCCACCACGAAAAAUCGCGCUUUCUGAGGUACCAUAGCCCAAUUAGUGGCCGAGCAAUGGAUAUAGGAAUAGUAAGCCGAACUCAUUUGUGAUAUUUCUUUAUUUUCACGCUAUUUUUCUGCAAUUUCAAGUUGAUCAGCUGACGUGAUUCAAGCAUGGUACGAAUCAUGCGAAUUGUAAAAUACUCACACCGAUCGUGAUCAGUGUAUCGAGAUGUUUGCAGAGAUGAAACCUAAUCAAACUAUCGGAAAAUUUAUCCGUGCUGUAAUAUAUUCGUGUUUCUAAUAGACACUAGUUUGCGAUGUUAUACAGAGGUGCGUACAACUUCUUGUGUAAGACUAGCCCCAUAACCUCAAAGUUAACGUGUCGACGUCCUCUGAGAAUAUCUGCAUAUUUGAAGCAGCACGAACAAAAAUUGAUAAUCAAUAUGAACGAGGCUUUUCUUCGUCACGAUCACGAAAGUGAAACUUUCGACAUAAGCUUCCGAUUCGUUAACGCGGAGUUCAGAAUAGAUAGGCAAUUUAAUUUUAGUAGAAAAGUUAACUCUACAGUCUCCAAUCUCCUACUGCGGAUAAACACAAAUAUUGGUAAAGCAUUGAAUUCGAAGAAAAAUAAACGCAAGUCGAAACAUUCAAACUCUCAAGAAGUAGUCCCUGAAGAAUGUCAAUCUGCUCUCAUGUUACAUGGCUCACCCAUCGAUGGUGAAGUACCUUGGGAGAGUUUGUUGAAAGAAGAUAUCACCAAUCUUGUCCUGGUGAUUUCUGGACGGCAAUACAUCAUCAAAUACAACUUCCCAUGGAUAGAAAAUAUCACUUUGGCUAAGUGUAUGCUUGCCGGAUUUCCCACCUACCCAGUCAAGUUUGAAACUUUGUACACCAACCGGACAGAAUCUACAUUUACUUGGUUUAAAAAUGACAAGUCACAAUCUACGGCUCAAAAUUGGCAAGAAAUUGCUCAAGGGUACAUUUACACACCACAAAUAAUGGAUAUUGGCCACAAGUUAAAACUACAAUGUCUACCUCAAAAUAAUGGAAAAACUGGACCUGUCUUUGAGGUGGAAUCCGUCUCACAUGUCGAAGCGGGCCCAGGACACUGCCCUUUUGAAACCAGGCAUUUAUUCACUUCAAAUAAACUGACGGGUGAAUGUUUCAGAGUAACAUCCUACAACAUACUUGCAGAUCUUUAUACUGACUCCGAUUACUCAAGAGAUGUAUUGUUUCCAUAUUGUCCACCAUAUGCUUUGGACAUUGAUUAUCGAAAAUACCUUAUUCUCAAAGAAUUGAUAGGAUACAAUGCUGACAUCGUCUGUCUUCAAGAGGUAGAUAAAAAAGUAUUUGACAACGAUUUACUUCCCACGCUUGCAAGUUUGGACUAUGACGGAGUUUUCAAUCGUAAAGGUGGCUCUGUGACAGAAGGACUUGCGACGUUCUUCAAUAUUCAUCGGUUCCAAAAACUAGAUUUCGAAUCUGCAAUCCUUGGUGAAAAUGUAGAUUUAGAAGGAUUUAAUGUUGUUUGGGAAAGUAUAAAAAAUGAAAAAAUGAAGGAACGAUUCUUAUGCAGAUCUACUGCUUUACAGGCCACAACUUUAUUGUCGAUUGAUAAUCCAUCAGAAAUCCUUGUUGCUGGUAACACACAUUUGUAUUUUCAUCCGGAUGCUGAUCAUAUACGAUUACUGCAAGGAUAUUACGCUCUAUUGUAUGUUCAUAGGGUCGCUGAUGCAGCAAAAAAAAAGUAUCCAAACCACAACGUGAGUAUCAUGUUAUGUGGUGAUUUCAACAGUUCACCAGACAGUGGUAUUUACCAACUUAUGUGUGAAAAACACAUCCCUAGUGAUUAUAAGGACUGGAAAAGCAAUGAGGAAGAAGCGCUAGAAAAUAUUUCUCUUUCGCAUGAUUUAUCGUUUGCCAGUGCUUGUGGUACCCCACAGUACACCAACUUCACAGUAGGAUUCGCGGACUGUUUAGAUUACAUUUAUUAUCAGACGGACAGGUUAAAAGUGGAGCAAGUAAUUCCAAUGCCAAGUGACGAUGAACUUACACAGCACACAGCUCUGCCAUCCGUUGUAUUUCCAAGUGACCAUAUAAGUAUCUGUGCAGAUCUAAAGUGGAAUAAUACUAUAUGAUCAAUCAAUGAUUGACAUUAUUGUAAAAUUUUUACUCCUAACCAAUUUCACUCAAAAGAUUUCAAUGUGCUUUGAAAACUUUGGAUAUCUUUUGAAAUAUAUUGAUCGAUAGGAAUCAA